CGAUGGCAGCAAGGACGUACGGGCAUUCUCUUUAAAAGUAAUAGCUUUAACGAGGCCUCCGUAUUGUAUGACUCCUGUAUUUAAAUAUAAAGCGGCUACCAUCCACGUCUUUACAUCGUAUGGUGAGGGCCAUGGAGCGACCGGGAAUCCAAGGUAUGCGAGACGUUGUGGACCAGCUGAAGUCGCAAGUACACACCAAAUACGAGCUUGGCUAUACUAGGCGUAUCUCCCGUGACUCAUGCAACUAUUGCAUGCAUUUGGUUCCGAGUCUGUUGAACAUAUAUCAUAAAUGAAUCAGCUAAAGCAAAAUUCGUGAAUCCCCAGCGCACUAUUCAACGUUCUGUGGCAUUCAAAGGACAUAAAAGACAUUGCACACAUCUGCUUGACCUUGUAUAGUGUAUAGUGAUCAUCGUUAUAUUCUUCGGACAAGGUGCUUUUCAAGUCGUCGUAUCAAGUCUGCUGGUGG